AGGUGGCAGCAGCCAGGCUGGCCAAAGCAGGAGUGGAGGUUGAGAUUAACCUCUCCUCCCUGAGACCCCGCCAUGCUCAUCUAAAAUAAACACCUCCUCCUCCUCCAUUACAACACCUUACACCUUCCUCUCCCUCUCCACCCAUCCAUCCAUGGCAACCAACAGCUAGAGCCAAAGAGAACAAUAACAAAAGCAAAGAACACAGCCAGUGCAAAAGGUGAGGAGGAGGCAGCUGGACCGAAUCAAAUCUCUCCACGCCGAUCCUCUCCUUCCUAAUUUUCUUUCUCUUGUAUCUUGAGGAGAGGAGCAGGGCUAUAUAUAGAGAGAGGAGAAAUCGAUCUCUGAUCCUAUCGAGAGCUGUGAAUUCUGUUUGUGCUGUGGUCAGGGGAGGGACAGGAGAGAAAAAAAGAUGAGUCUUUUCGGCCUUGGAAGCAAGAACCAGAAGACAUUUAGACCAAAGAAGAAUGCACCAUCCGGCAAUAAGGGUGUGCAGCUGAAAAAGCACAUUGAUGCAACCUUAGGAAGUGGGAAUUUGAGGGAUGCAGUUAGGUUGCCUCCUGGAGAGGAUCUCAAUGAAUGGCUAGCUGUCAAUACUGUUGAUUUCUUCAAUCAAGUGAACAUAUUAUACGGCACUCUGAUGGAGUUCUGCACACCUACUACAUGCCCAACAAUGUCAGCUGGACCUAAGUUUGAAUACAGAUGGGCAGAUGGAGUUCAGAUCAAGAAACCCAUCGAGGUCUCAGCACCGAAAUAUGUCGAGUAUUUGAUGGACUGGAUUGAGGUCCAGCUUGACGACGAAUCCAUUUUCCCUCAGAAACUUGGAACCCCUUUCCCCCAAAACUUUCGGGAAGUCGUGAAGACAAUAUUCAAGCGGCUUUUCCGCGUUUAUGCUCAUAUUUACCACUCACAUUUUCAGAAGAUUGUGAGCCUCAAGGAAGAAGCCCACCUUAACACCUGCUUCAAGCACUUCACAUUGUUCACCUGGGAGUUCAAAUUGAUCGACAAGGCUGAGCUCGCGCCACUUAUCGACCUAAUUGAGUCCAUUGUUUCAGUUUGCUGAGACGGCAUCAACAAGUGUGAAGACCUUUUUUUUUUUUCUUUGCUUUUCACUUAUUUUCCGGGUACAGCAAAGUGUGCAGAAAGAGUGAGUUCCUGGCUAAAAGAAAUGGCCAAAUAAGUCGUUUUUUUUUUCUUCUGAUCUCAUGUUCCUUUUUUCGUCUAUUCUCUAAACUUAAGAAUUGCUUGUCUCAUCAACGCUGGGAUAAACUCAAUGGGGGAAUAGAGGAGAUUGUUGUUGUUGUUCUCUGCUA